UCCUCUCCCUACCAUUUUCCUGCAAAGCACACACUCCUGCGAGGUAACGGCGAGGCGCCAGUCAGUUGUUUCGCGACUGUAUCGCAGUAAAGGUAGAUUGUGCGUCUCUUGGCCAUACUGAUUAUAUUGUCACGCUGUUGUGUUUACGUAAAAUCGAAAGUUGCAUUGAAACGAAAGUGUGCUUGUCGACUUUUUGCUUACGAGAACGGUGAUUUGUGAAUUUUUAAUGUAAGCCAAAGAAGCAGUGCAUGAAAAUUAGUUUAUUUUUUGGGAUCACUUUCGUGAAACGUGAUUUUGUUUGUUUUCUUUUUGUGAUCUUUUUUUCUUGCAUUUGGAUUAUUUUGAAUUAGUCAUUUAAGGCGAAAUUUAUGGUAUUGAAUUCGAAAGAGAGAUUCGGAAAAGGAUAUGACAUUUUUAAGACAAGGUUGAAAGAAUUCCAAUUAUUACAGUUUCCGAAGAUACGAUUCUGGUAUAUUUUUCCAACAACCAAAAAACUAGAACUCACAAUAUUAUGGAGUAAAUACAGCUGUUAAGGUAUCAAAAUACACUAGUUAAUUACGCUUUCUUAGAAACGUCGACUAGCGUAGGCCGUUAGUAUUGAUCUGUUUUCAACAUGCUUACGAAUAAAGAAAACGCUGCAUCCUUUGACCGACUAGCGAGUUAUGUGUGAUAACCGUAUCGAGAAUAAUAGCGAAUAUCCGUGUUGAUAACUUUUAUUGUGCUUAAUAUGUUAUUGACUGUGAAAAUGCCAAUAAAGGGACUACUGUUGAUGUUUCUAGGGAUCUGUUUAGGCUACGGAUCUGCAAAAGGCCAGGACUAUAUUUAUACAGGACAUCAGAAUAGGGGAGGGUUUAUUCCCUAUCAACAAAACCAGAAUCAGUAUAUCAACCCGUCAGAAAUUAUCCCUUUCCGACAGACACCGGCUGGAUUUCAACCACUAGACCCUCCUGAACACGGAAGUUAUUUACAUCCUGAUCUACAAACAUCGGACCUGCCGGUACAUCUAAGACAGACUUUACCCCAGUAUAGAUUUCCUUCCACCCCUAGAACGCAAGUGAUUAAUUUUCCACAUAACCCAACGAAUCCAUACGACCAGUUCUCUUACCAGAACAACAAUCAAAACAUCAAUUCACAAAGAUUAAUUGGUUCCGCAUCUUCAUUUCAACAACGGACACCUCAAAAUAUUCAAUACCAAGAUUCUACGAACUUGAAACCGACAACGCUGAGACCAAAUUAUUCUCACCUGUUUUCGAAAACUCAUAAUAGGGAUCCAUCGCAAACGGAAACGUUUUUGGGUGAAAUUACAAUACAAAGUCCUGUAGAUCCACCAGUCCAUUACGAUGAUUUUAGACCUAGUAGAACUUAUCCAGAAAAAACUGAAGAAGAAUUGGAAGACCAGUUACAGGAAAAUGUUGGAAAUUCGAUAGGAGGAAGAAAAACAUUCUUGAAUCAUAGAUCGAGAAUCGUCGCCCCCGAUGCUAAUCAACCAACUAACAAAGCAUCCGUAAAUCAAUACUUCGUAGACACCAACGGGGAAGUUUAUACUCCAGCUAAUUCCGAAAUAACUUUUCCCACGACACAGACACACACAUCUUCGGAACGAAGAUCGGUGAAUAGAGUCAAAACGAAAAAAACUGUAUCAAAACGACCGAAAUCUGUGGAUUUGGAACCGCUUUUAGAAGAACCACUAAAAUAUAAUUAUGGUAGUAAUAACGAUGACGAAGUUGAAAUAAUAAAAUCAUCAAAUACAUCUCACGAAUAUCUUCAUCCUCGUGAAAGUACCUACGAAACUAAUACUAACGAACCGUUUGAUAGUACUGAAUACUUUUCAGAAGAAAUGUAUUCCAAUGAAGAUUUAGGUGAAGAAGGUCAUGUCGGGAACUAUAUUCAUGGUAAUGAUCACAGCUUCGAAGACGAGUCAGUUUUGAAAGAGCACGAUGAAGAGCUUACCACGAGUUCCAAAAUCUCCUCGCAAGAAUCUUCUUCCGUUGAAGCUACCAAAGGUUCAAUUUUUGAAGCUGCACCUCCAUCAGUUGAAAUAUUCAAAACAAAUGAACCGGAACUAAUUACGUCUGUAGUAACAAGUAAAACGGUCAUUAACAAUACUAUAUUACCAUCAGUAACUCCGAAUCCAGUAAAAAGUAGUACCGAUCCUGAACUCUUGGUGGAAAAUACGACAGACACUUGGGUCGUCGUGGCGUCUGUUCAAACGAGCAGGAGUGUUUCAGGAGCAAGGUACUUACCAUCUUCAAUAGUUGAACAAGAUGUAAGAGUGAAACUUUUAAAUGAACAUUUGGAAGAAGAACAUCAUACUACACUAAAACCUUCACAACCUGAAGAAGAUUCAUAUGAGGAAUUGACUACAAACACAGAAGAAAUUACCACACCCACUCCAUCUAAAUUAAAAACAUCAACUGAGAGUCUUAACGAUAUAUUAGACAGAGUACAAUCAGAUUUGUCCAGUGGAGUAUUGACAGGUGGUUUGGGAAACAACAUAGCAGUCAUCAAAGAACAAGUACCUGAAAAAGUUGAAUUGGAGGAUAUAAGUACUUCAACUACAACCAAAGCUCCUUAUCCGCAAGUAAAUAUUCGAAAAUAUUCACCAAAUAAUAGGAGAACGACUACAAGACGACCAAGACCAAGACCGAGUACGAAAUCUAAGAAACCUUUCGAUAUAAACCAACCGCAAGGAGAUCAGCCGAAGAAGACUGAUGAUAUUGUAGCAUUUUUAUCGCCAGGAUAUAAGUUAAACGCAAGUGAUGAAAGAAGCUCAAAGUUGCUAGAAGAAAUACUGAGCAAGGCAAAGUAUGCUAAAACGACAGAAAAGAAAUUGAAUAUUAGUUCAAUUACUCAACAACGUAAUGAGACUGGAGACAAAAAUGGAAGUAACAUUUUUGAAAACACGAAAGAUAAAAAUAUAACUAAAUUAUCUCCACCGGCUCCCAUCCAGUUGACGUCAACGACAUCGAGUAAUUUAUCAAAACAAACAAUACUUGACGACGUGUCUAAAUUUCUACCACCUGGGUAUAAGUUACCUGAAAGUGAUGAUAAAACAACCGAAACUACAAUUUUUAAAGUUGAUGAUAUAUCCAAAUUUUUACCUCCAGGUUAUAAACUGCCUAAAACUGAAGAUAAACCAACUACCGAAAAGAGCAAAGAAAAUACUAAAGCUGACGACAUAUCCAAGUUUCUACCUUCUGGGUACAAAGCACCAAAAUACAAAUCAACAACGGAAAGUAGCAUAUUCAAAAAUACCAAGCUGGAUGAUAUUGCUAACUUCCUUCCUCCUGGUUAUAAAUUACCCGAAAAUAGUGAAAAAACAACCGAGAGUGGCAUAUUUAUAUCUGACGAUAUAUCAAAAUUUUUACCUCCAGACUACAAAUUACCAAAAUCUGACGAUAAAUCAACUACCGAAAGCAGUAUAUUCAAAAAUACUAAACUCGAUGACAUAUCUAAAUUUCUACCACCUGGUUACAAAGCACCGAAAUAUAAAUCAACAACGGAAAGUAGUAUAUUCAAAAACACAAAACUGGAUGAUAUUUCUAAGUUUCUUCCUCCUGGUUAUAAGUUACCAAAGUAUUCUACAGAGAAUCCGAAAGAGGCAACGACAAUUGAAGGUUUGAAUCUUAAGCCGGUGGAUUUAUCUGCACUCCUCCCACCAGGAUUCAAACCAUCGGAAAACGAUACUCUUCCAAUAAAUCUUCUACCCAUAGGAUUCAAUUCAUCAACAGAAUCGCCAAAAACAAGCAAGCCAUCAGGCGUUAAAGUUGUAUUUCCAUCAAGACCUGGAGGUGGAACUCGAAAAUCGUCCAGCCGCACCACACAUAAGCCAGUAUACGACGAACCUCCAAAAAAUACUCCUCCUACCAUUCGUAAAGGAUUACCGUCGAGAGCGACAACUGAGUUCACGGGAUGGCCGACGCCAUCAACGACUCCAAUUUCAAUUGAAAAGCUGCUCGAAGCCGCUAAAGCUGCUACUUCUAGUACAACGCGUACUAUUGAAACAACAGUUUCGACAACUACAACAACCACCACUACAACAACGACAACACCUAAGCCCACAACUCCUGGAAUAUGCGUCAAUGAGUGUGAUCUUGCCGCUACAAUUAAAUUAAUAGCUGGAGUUAAGUGGGUACCGGAAUUAUUAGAUAGAAAUACCAAAGAGUGGCAAGUACUUGCCAAUGAAGUUGAAAGCCAACUUGACUAUGUUUACAGCUCAUCUUCUCUACUCAAUAGAUGGUACAAAAAAAUUAGGAUCGACGGCUUUAGUGAAGGUAGCGUACUGGUUGACUAUCUCGUAGAACUAAAUGAGUUGGGAAGACGUGUCGAUACUCAAGAAAUAAAAAGAUUAUUCCAUGAAUCUUUAGAUGACGCCCUAUCGACUUUAGGAGGUUCUAAUAGAGAAGCAAAGUCUCUUAAUGAGUCAAUUAAAUUAGAGGGAAAAUUGUCUUUGGGAAAUUUUGUAGUGGAUCCAGCUUACACAGACUUUCUAGUGUUACCAAAACAGGUGUACCCUACAGUGGGUUAUGCAGAAAAUGAUGUACUUCUACCCCAAUGGGCAAUUGCAGUUAUCGUCAUAGGACUUGCUUCACUUCUAUUUGUCAUUAUUUUUGGGGUUACAGUGUUGGUUAAUAGACAGAAAAAUAACAAAAAGAAAGCUCCAACACCUCUAACAGAAGGAAUGUUGAAUGAAUUGAACAAAAACCAUAUGGGAGGUAUUGACAAUUAUGGUGCAGAAGAUCUUUACAACAUGGAAGAUGUGUGGAACGAGAGAGGAUACGAUCAAAAACCGCCUAAAAAGAGAUCUAAUGGAUCAAUCCAUGACAAUAGUAUGUCUAACCUAUAUGACAGUUGGCGAUCAGAAUGGAAUGGAUACUACUACAAUGCUUAUUACGGCAACCCCGGUAGCAGCCAUAGUGGUUACAAUGGAAGAAGAAGAUCGGAUUAUGACACAAAUUUUUAAGUAAUUCCAUUUUUUUAGGUUUAAUAACUGCCAAAAGAACAAUUAUGUUAAUUCUAUAUCAUUUUAGACUGAGAAUUCUAUAACAUCAUAAAAAAUGCCCAAUGAAAUGUCUAUCUUCUUUGUUAACAAAUAUAUGAACUAAUAUUCAAAAUACAACAAAUUAUUGCUGCCAUAAUUAUUGUUUCGUAUCCAAACCUCCAUCAUCAAGCUUCCAAUAUAAGUAUAAUUAUUCUCUUCUUUAUUUUGAAAUUUUCGAAAAUCACAGAGUCGUAUUACAAUUACAAUUAUAUUAGGAUCUUGAUGAUUAGGCGUAGGAGUAGUCAAAGAGACCCAAAAUCAAGACAAUUUAUUUUUGUGGAAUAAAUAAUAAGUUGGGCAUUUUCUAUUUAAACAAUUAUUGACUUAAACCACUUGAGUUAUAUUAAGCUGUUCUUUUGAUUUAGUGAGAGGCAUUAAAUGGAAAGAUAUUUCUUAUGAUAUUCGUUCUUUUUAUAAGAUAUAUACACUGUCUACAUUUAAUAUUUGUCAUGACGUAGCUAAUAGAUGUUGCUCAAUUUUUUACGUCCCCCCAAGCCUUCUCCGUUCCCUCGACAUUUUAGAUAAAAGAUUAGAAAAAGUUGUCCAGUAAUGUGGUGAAACUUUUAAGAAUUUUAG